UUUUCCUUCGAAGAAGCCGGCGUACACAGUCCCAGCAGCAAACAUGUCUAAUUCACAUUUAUUCCUCAAAUCAGGAUUCCCCCGAGCUCCACUACAGAAUGGAAUCGGUCGGUACGUGUGUCAGCUACAACGCAUCACCCUGAAGUACUGCAAAACGAGUGGCUCCAGCAAAGGCAUGCGUGAGUUUCUCGAACACGAGCUGGUGGACUUCAGCCGAUCCAAUCCCGGCGUUGUGGUGUACGUUAAACCUCGCCGGCACCGUACGGCGGUGAUGACGGCGGAAUUUCUAAACGGCGAACGGUCGUGGAUCAACUGCCGCAACAAUUCUCGGGAGGAGAUAUCGAAGUGGAUUCAGGUGCUGAAGCAAUCGAAUGGGCAGUCGGAGGAGCUGCGCUUACGUAAACACUGGCACACGGAUGUGCCGAGUGUGCAAGGUGCCUGGACACCGUUCACGCAUCAACAUCCCACAACCAAUGUUACCGAGUUUCCCUGCAAAGAGCUUUCGCAGCUCAAGGUGGACGAACCGAGCGCCACGGAAAAAUUGUUGCAGCUGUACUUGGCUCAGAGGAAACCGCCUACAAAUGAUUCGCCUAAAGAGGAAGCAAAGUAAUUAAGGAAUUGUUAAGUAGAAUAAAACCAGCAAUGAAAGAGUAGUGAUAAAAAUAUAAAUU